AAAAAAAAACAAACAUUCCACAGAGAAAAAAGAAACCAACUUUUGAGAUGUGGAGUUAUCAAAGAUGUGAGUUGAGUUAUAUAUAAAGAUAGAUAUAGGGCUCUCUUUAACUUGUCUAAGUGCAAAGAUUCUUGUUCUACAUCUUAGCUCAAGCUCAACCCAGUUCCCUAGCAGCAUUAUUCAUGUUCCCCACUUCUUCUGUUUCUUGUUUACAGCUUUGUAAUACUGCAGCAAGGUACACACACACACACACCCACACACUCACACAGUAAGUCAAGAAUGCUACAUUUUUUUUUGUUUUAGGCUGUCGUUCUCAACUCAAGUUUCUUUGCUCAAACUAAGAAAAAAGAAAAAAGAAGAAGCCUAAUAUUGAUGUAAAGAUUUCUCUUUUAUUCAACUUUCUUUUCUCUCUUAGUCAAAAUUUCAAUUUGUCAUCAGUCUUUCUCAAAAUCUCUCAUAUUUCGUGCAGAAGAGACAUUAACAUGAAGCUCUUUCAUCAACCUUGAUCAAAGUACUCCUCACCAAGCUUAUCAUCAUCAUCAUCUGUCUUUCUCAAUCUGGAUUUGGGAGAAUUUCAUCUAGAAAAAGAACAAAGAAGAAAAGUGAAAAAUGAUAAAAAACAUAUAGCCACAUAUAGCAAACUGUUAGGGCAGGUGGCUUUGCUGCUGUACCUAAAACCAGGGAAAAAUAGACAUGUAUCCUUCCAGCCAUGACUACAACAACAAUCACAAUCCUAAUAUUAAUCCUACAUCCUUAUUUAUUACUGAGACCAACCCAAAUUCCAAAUUUGAUCAAGACCUUCAACAUUUAUCUUCUUUCCACUUCCCUUCUCCAUUUGUUCAGUAUGAUGAUUUUGUCUAUGAGUUAGAAUGGCAGCAACUAUAUGACCUUUUCAUUCAGCAGCAACCCUUUACACCUGAGAACAGUGUAGCUGAGAUUAUCAACAGCAUGGAAGCUGGUGAUUUACCAAAAGAAGGAUUGCCGGAUGAUGAUCACCAGCAGAAUGAAAAUAAUAAUAUGAUCAGGAAAAGAGCUCUAAAGAAAGACAGGCACAGCAAGAUUACAACUGCAAGGGGACCAAGGGACAGAAGAAUGAGGCUGUCUCUUGAUGUUGCCAGAAAGUUCUUUGAUUUGCAAGAUAUUUUGGGGUUUGAUAAGGCAAGCAAAACAGUUGAAUGGUUGAUGGUUCAUUCCAGUUCCGCAAUCAAGGAGAUCACAAGAGGUGGUAAUUUCCCCGGCAGGAGGAUGAUAUACGCCGGCCACCAAGCGAGUUUCGGCCCAAACACUAGUGUUUCCUCUACUACUUCAGAAUGUGAAGUUGUAUCAGGAAUUGAUGAUGCAACCACCACAAAUAUCAAUGACAAUGGCAUCCAGCAGAAGGCAGUGAAGACUAAGAACAAUGUUACAAAACCAUCUGCCUCUAAGAAGAAGGAGAAGAAGGCGAAAUCAGCAAGGCGAGCGGCAUCAUCGCACCUGCUAGCCAAGGAAUCUAGGAAAGUAGCAAGGGAAAGGGCAAGGAAGAGAACAAUGGAAAAGAGAAAACUUGGUGCAACAAAGUUGUGCUUGGAAGAAGGAAUAAGCUGCAGAAAAAGUAGUGAUUUGAAGCAGUUGAAUAAUCCUCCUCAUCAGCAGCAGCAGCAAAGAGGAUAUGGUGCUAAUAUCUCAGUUAUCACUGGAAAUUGGAACCCAUCUCCAAUCUGCGCUUAUCAGCAAGAUGCUGAAGUUCCUCAUCUGAAUCAGUUUUCAGAUUUGGAAUAUUGCAGCAAAACAUGGGAAGCCUACAACAACAACAACAACAACAACAACAUGAGUAUUCUUGGCGCAUAGCUUCCUCCCCUUUCAUGUGGUAACAUAAGAAUAAGCUUUGUUGAUUUCCAUAUCAUUUUUCUUCUUUCCUGAUGGAUAUGAGCCAUGUAUGUACCAUAAAAUAUGCUUUAAUUAAUUAGGUCUGUCAACUGUAAUCUUAGCCGGGAUAGUUUUUUUUUUUUUAGCUUCAUCCUGCACAUAUAUUGUUCUAUUCUAGACUUUCCCCCUCCAGUUUGUGAUCAGACCAUAUGUGUUACUUCACUAGCUAAUGUUUCAUCGUCUUCAUAUGAUUUCUAUCAGUCACUUAAUGGCCUGAAAAUUAAUCCGUUGUGCCGGAUUUUGCUAAUUUGUUCAUUCUAGUUCGUGAUCAUUAAUCUUAAACAUGCAUGUUUUUGAAUUCUUUAUAAGGUUAGUACCUUUAGCAAUCUGGCCUGAUUAAAGGUUCAAAAAAUUGAUACCUUCAACAAAGACAGGAAGAAAUCAAGCAUGAGUGAUUUUCUCUGUGGUUUGUCUUUCUUCUUUGAUAAUAUCAGUAGACAGACACCACUUCAACCAUACUCCCUCCCGGAAAACACCAAGGAUUUAUAGUAGUCCGGCGAGCCCUUUGGAGUUGUUAAGUUGUUAACCCUUCUUCUAUAUCUUCAAAAGGAGAAUCAUAAGAUAUUGGGAAAUCGUCCAAUAGCAUUUUAUAGUCUGAUUUGAUGAUGAAACUGGAGUUGCAUGACAAAGAGAAUAAGUAGAAGAGAGUGGAGAAGUUUUGAGGAAAUUAACAGAUUAAGUCAACCUAGUCAAGUUUGGUUAGAAUAAGGUACAGAAUGGC